AUGGUUUAUAAACAGGACGGGCCUCCAGCAGCAGAAAAUGCCCAGAGGCGGCAGGAGAGCGAGGCCGAGGAGGCCGCAGGGCGCGACCGGAGGCCGCAGCCGGGCCCGCCCCCGCCCCCCGCAGAGGAGCCACGUGUGAGAAGAAAACGUCCUAUUUCAAGUUCGCUUGUCUCCAAACUCCUGAAACUAACGGCCCGUUCAGGCCCGCGUCCCUCCGACGGUAAACCAGGGGCGCGGCUGCCCCAGCGCACGAGCUUCGGCGCGGCCUCCCCGGCGGCCGCUGAGUCCCCGGGGGCCCACUGCCCCCCUUACCGGGUAGCGGGACUUGCUCCCAGUUAUCUUUACGCCCCUGCACCAACAGGACGGAUGGAGGCCGGGAAAACUGCUGCCGAGGCCCAUCCGCACCACGGAAGUGCACGCCCCCCCCCCGCGUCCUACGCACCCGGCCUCCGCACCUCCCCCGAGUGCACGACCCCCCCCCGCGUCCCACGCACCCGGCCUCCGCACCUCCCCGAGUGCACGACCCCCCCCGCGUCCCACGCACCGGCCUCCGCACCUCCCCGAGUGCACGCCCCCCCCGCGUCCCACGCACCCGGCCUCCGCACCUCCCCCGAGUGCACGCCCCCCCGCGUCCCACGCACCCGGCCUCCGCACCUCCCCCGAGUGCACGCCCCCCCUGCGUCCCACGCACCCGGCCUCCGCACCUCCCCCAAGUGCACGCCCCCCCGCGUCCUACGCACCCGGCCUCCGCACCUCCCCGAGUGCACGCCCCCCCUGCGUCCCACGCACCCGGCCUCCGCACCUCCCCCAAGUGCACGCCCCCCCCCCGCGUCCUACGCACCCGGCCUCCGCACUUCCCCCCGAGUGCACGCACCCCCCGCGUCCCACGCACCCGGCCUCCGCACCUCCCCCGAGUGCACGACCCCCCCCGCGUCCCACGCACCGGCCUCCGCACCUCACCCGAGUGCACGCCCCCCCGCGUCCCACGCACCCGGCCUCCGCACCUCCCCCGAGUGCACGCCCCCCCUGCGUCCACGCACCCGGCCUCCGCACCUCCCCCGAGUGCACGCCCCCCCUGCGUCCCACGCACCCGGCCUCCGCACCUCCCCCAAGUGCACGCCCCCCCCCCCGCGUCCCUACGCACCCGGCCUCCGCACCUCCCCCGAGUGCACGCCGCGUCCACGCACCCGCCUCGCCUCCCCACGCCCCCCUCCAGCACCGGCCUCCGCACUCCCCCAGUGCACGCCCCCCGCGUCCCACGCACCCGGCCUCCGCACCUCCCCCGAGUGCACGACCCCCCCCCCGCGUCCCACGCACCCGGCCUCCGCACCUCCCCCGAGUGCACGCCCCCCCUGCGUCCCACGCACCCGGCCUCCGCACCUCCCCCGAGUGCACGACCCCCCCCCCGCGUCCCACGCACCCGGCCUCCCACCUCCCCCGAGUGCACGCCCCCCCGCGUCCCACGCACCCGGCCUCCGCACCUCCCCCGAGUGCACGCCCCCCCUGCGUCCCACGCACCCGGCCUCCGCACCUCCCCCGAGUGCACGCCCCCCCCCCCGCGUCCCACGCACCCGGCCUCCGCACCUCCCCCAAGUGCACGCCCCCCCCGCGUCCUACGCACCCGGCCUCCGCACUUCCCCCCGAGUGCACGCCCCCCCGCGUCCCACGCACCCGGCCUCCGCACCUCCCCCGAGUGCACGCCCCCCCCCGCGUCCCACGCACCCGGCCUCCGCACCUCCCCCAAGUGCACGCCCCCCCCCGCGUCCCACGCACCCGGCCUCCGCACCUCCCCCGAGUGCACGCCCCCCCGCGUCCCACGCACCCGGCCUCCGCACCUCCCCCGAGUGCACGCCCCCCCUGCGUCCCACGCACCCGGCCUCCGCACCUCCCCCAAGUGCACGCCCCCCCCCGCGUCCCACGCACCCGGCCUCCGCACCUCCCCCGAGUGCACGCCCCCCCUGCGUCCCACGCACCCGGCCUCCGCACCUCCCCCAAGUGCACGCCCCCCCCGCGUCCUACGCACCCGGCCUCCGCACUUCCCCCCGAGUGCACGCCCCCCCGCGUCCCACGCACCCGGCCUCCGCACCUCCCCCGAGUGCACGACCCCCCCCUGCGUCCCACGCACCCGGCCUCCGCACCUCCCCCGAGUGCACGCCCCCCCUGCGUCCCACGCACCCGGCCUCCGACCUCCCCCGAGUGCACGACCCCCCCCCGUCCCGCACCGUCCCCUCACCCCGUCACGCACCCGGCCUCCGCACCUCCCCCGAGUGCACGCCCCCCCUGCGUCCCACGCACCCGGCCUCCGCACCUCCCCCGAGUGCACGACCCCCCCCCGCGUCCCACGCACCCGGCCUCCGCACCUCCCCAAGUGCACGCCCCCCCGCGUCCUACGCACCCGGCCUCCGCACUUCCCCCCGAGUGCACGCACCCCUGCGUCCCACGCACCCGGCCUCCGCACCUCCCCGAGUGCACGACCCCCCCGUCCCGCACCCGGCCUCCGCACCUCCCCGAGUGCACGCCCCCCCGCGUCCCACGCACCCGGCCUCCGCACCUCCCCCAAGUGCACGCCCCCCCGCGUCCACGCACCCGCUCCGCACCUCCCCGAGUGCACGCACCCCGCGUCCUCGCACCCGCCUCCACCUCCCCGAGUGCACGCACCCCCGUCCACGCACGGCUCGCACCCCCCAGUGCACGCCCCCGGUCCCACGCACCCGGCCUCCGCACCUCCCCCGAGUGCACGCCCCCCCCUGCACCGCCCACUCCCCACGCACCCCGCGCCUCCGCACCUCCCCGAGUGCACGCCCCCCCCGCUCCACGCACCGGCCUCGGGCCUCCCGCCCCCGGGAUGAAAUCACGGGGCAGGCUAGCGCGACCCGACUUUGUCCGCGGCCCCUUCUGUGCAGCACGACCCGCCUCGCCGUUACUUCGCCUGACUAUAUCAGCGAUGACCUCUUCCUUUUCCUUGACGAGGAGUAA